AAUCCCCCGGCGCCCGCGCGGGCACCCAUGGCCCGGCCGCGCGUGCGGCUGGUGGUCACCGCGGAUGACUUUGGUUACUGCCCGCGGCGGGAUGAAGGCAUCGUAGAGGCCUUCCUGGCGGGGGCCGUAACCAGCGUUUCCCUUCUGGUCAAUGGCGCAGCAGCGGAGAGCGCUGCAGAGCUGGCCCGCAGGCACCAAAUCCCUACGGGUCUCCACGCUAACCUGUCCGAGGGCCGCCCUGUGGGCCCAGCCUGCCGCGGUGCCUCUUCUCUGCUCAGUCCUGAAGGAUUUUUCCUCGGCAAGAUGGGAUUCCGGGAGGCAGUGGCAGCCGGAUGCGUGGCCUUGCCCCAGGUACGGAAGUGCGGCUGCUGGAGGAUGCUGGCAAUCACUUCCAAAGCGCCGCCCCGAGGGUACCAUGAAUCCCGGAGUGGCCGGAGUUGGGCGCUUGGAUGCUUGCCUGUUUCGAACACUGGAAAAUUAACAAGGAGGCACGUGGACAGGGCCCUCCUCCCUGGCUGGGGCCGGAUGUUGAAGGCGCCUAAAGUCCUCUACUUCCAGGUUCGCGAAGAACUGGAAGCCCAGCUGAGUCGCUUCCGGGAAUUACUGGGUAGGGACCCUACUCAUGUGGACGGACACCAGCACGUGCACGUGCUCCCAGGUGUGUGCCAGGUGUUCGCAGAGGCGCUGCAGACUUACGGGGUGCGCUUCACGCGGCUGCCGCUAGAGCGCGGGGUAGCUGGCUGUUCGUGGCUGGAGACGUCCGCGCGCGUCUUCGCCUGCGCGGUGGAGCGCGAUGCCCGGGCAGCGGUCGGCCCGUUCUCUAGACACGGCCUACGGUGGACCGAUGCCUUCUUGGGCCUGAGCACUUGCGGCCGGCACAUGUCCGCUCACCGCGUGUCAGGGGCGCUGGCAAGGGCCCUGGAAGGAAUACCGGAGGGCCAUGUCCUGACGGCCGAACUGAUGGCGCACCCGGGCUACCCCAGUGUGCCUCCAGCCGGGGGUUGUGGUGAGGGCCCUGAUGCCUUUUCCUGCUCUUGGGAGCGGUUGCAUGAAUUGCGUGUCCUCACUGCACCCACAUUCUGGGCCCAUUUUGCCCAGCAAGGAGUGCAACUCUGUGCCCUUGAUGACCUGCACUCCAAGAGACCCGGUGAUGGGGUUCCUGGUGAAGCCACUCUGGAAACCUUAGAGCCCUCCCACCUGUGACCCUGACAGCCAAGCAAACCUUUAGUGCUCAGGAGUGAGGACCAAGGAAGGAAUACCUGGCACAGCCCAGAGCCAGAGGCUGUAGCCAGUUCUGUGACUUCCUGGGCAAGUCCACAUGGCUUAGAGUGGUGAGGAGAGCUGUGGCUGCAGGAUGGGCCUGUGACAGCCCCAUUGCUGCUCUUCACUUUGCAGCUUGAGCAAUUUGUUUAGGCAUGUAGGGAAGAACUUGCUUAUUAAUAAAACAACAUGUAUAA